CCGUGGGCUCAGUAUCCCUUGGCAACUUCAGCCAUAACGAAAAUCUCAAAGACAGGUACAAAUAAUAGAAAAACAUUCCCCUUGAAGUCGAUAUCUAAAACACUUCUCGGUGCAACAAUAAUGGAAGAUAACGAAGAAAGGUCUGGGGCACAGUCUCGUGUUGCAAGCGCGACCGCUAGAGAUGAUUUGAAUGUGGAACAAGUCGAAAAAGACAGCUCUGUCAAAACAACUGCGUUGAAUAUCUGUUGGGCAUAUGGUAUAAAUAGGCAAGUACCUGCACAUAACUUGUCUGAUGGGAAGCGAAAGAUGGUGUUCUUUGUCAAUGCACAUGCUGGAGUACUGUUUAAUUUUGAGGAGAAUAAACAGCAACUUUUACAAGGGCACAGCAAUGCCAUUUCAUGCACAUGUGUUAGUGAAGACAGACGUUGGAUAGCCACUGCUGACAAAGGCAGUAACAACAUGGUCAUUGUCUGGGACUCAUUCACCGGGAUCCCUGUGCAGACAAUGUUUGAUCCUCACCCUGAUGGAUGUGCUGCCAUUGCCAUGUCUCCUGAUGCAAAGUAUAUUGCUACAAUCAGUAAUACCUUACCCCAGACGGUCUUAGUGUGGGAUUGGACUGUUGAUGGGGAUACACCCAUGUGUUCUACGACACUUGACGGUGAUUAUGGAAUGCAGACAUUUAUUACCUUUAAUGCUGAUGAUACAUCACAGCUGGUCAGCAACAGUACCUCUCAAGUAGUCUUCUAUUCUCUGGUUGAAGGUUCACUAGAGUUUGUUGCUCCUCCCCUCACGGACAAGGAUUUUAACAGAAGUGUUGGACAAUACAGCCAGUCUGUAUUCCAGGAUAAUUGCACCCGUGCGCUUACUGCUACGAGCUGUGGUAACAUAGUUGUUUGGGAGCAUGCUGGGAAGGGUUUACCCUGCAACAGGAAGGCAUUUAAGAUAGUAAAGCUUCAGGACAAGGCCCUGACUGUGCUUACGACAGCAGAGAAGUACAUUGUGACUGGUGAUAUGGCUGGACAUGUUCGCUUCCUGGACCAACAGCUGAGGCUGUCAAACUGGUACAAACAUUUUGAAGCUGGUCCCAUCAACUCUGUUUCAUUUUCCUACACUCCAAAAGUACCUCCCUCAGAGUCAAGUAGGAAGCCGCAAUUCCCUGCAAGCUCCACCCUAGAUGCUACACCCUUUAUUGUAAAUGACUUCACCGUCAGUACAUUCACUGCCAAUGUCGGCUAUUUCUCACCAACGUCCAACAAUUUCCAGUUUUUGAGGCAGGAACAUGAUAGUACUGUGAAUGCCAUCGCUUGUCACCCAACAGACCAUCAACUAUGCAUUGGAAGCUACUCAGGACUCCUUCAAGUGUGGGACUAUCAGAACAAGACACUAGUGAACAGCCGGCAGUUUGACCGACGCCAGUUGAUGAUCCAGUGUAUUGCUUUCAGCCCCCCUGGGGACCUGAUAGCUCUUGGUUUCACGGACGGUAGUGUGCGUGUACUAGAUGCCAUCACGUUGCGUGACGAGGGCUGUGAUGACGGAGUUGCUGUCUUUAAUCAUUGCCAUGAUUGCGUGACACACAUCAAGUUUUCCCACGACUCCAAGUACAUUGCUUCAGCUGACCUUGAUCGUUGCGUGACGAUCUUCAAGUUCCAGCCUGAUGAUGAUGUCAAACCGUGGGUGUAUGUUGGUAAACAGAGGGCUCACUACAAAUCUAUCGCAGAUAUUUCGUUUGGCGUUGCGUUGGACAGCACUGUACCCAGGCUUCUAUCUGUGGGCCAUGACCGUGUUCUAGUAGAGUAUGACCUGGAAUCUAGUACUACGGAUGACGUAAGACUAUUGGGGUCAGACCGCAUUGAGCAGAGCGCUGUCCCACAAUGCCUUGCGUGGUACCCACCAAUUGUCAAGGAGAACUUUCUAGUAAUCGCCAACGAUCAGUUCAAAAUGAAGUUGAUCAAUUCCACUACCAAGAUGUGCCGUAGGACACUUCUGGGCCCAACUUACGGAACACCACUAAAAAAGGUCGUCGUGCUGCCUGCCUAUGAUGACAGAGAGACUCGCUACAUGACAUACAUUACCAUGGACAAGGUGGGACUUCAGAUCUUACCACUUGAUGGUAACCCGCACAAGACGAUGUCGCUCAUCGCGCACCCAGAUAAUGUGACCAAUCUUGCUUGUUCGUUUGAUGGCAAGUACAUCUUCACAGCAGGAGGACAAGACUGUUCUGUGCUGAUGUGGCAGGUCAACCUCGAUGCCUUGGAAGCCGCUGCAAGACUUGGUGGAGAAGACCUCGUCCCGUUCUAUGGUCUCCUUGAGGGGGGAAGGGACGGGGAGCUUUUUGCCGAGCUCGAGGACUACUUCUACUAUGCACAGAUCAGAGAUCAGGGUGUGGAUACCACUGAUACGCGCAAGACUUCUGUCAAGGUCCCCUUAAAUCAAGUGCCCUACAUCAUGCGCGCCCUUGGCUUCUAUCCCUCAGAGCAGGAGAUCGAAGACAUGAUAAAUGAGGUGAAGUUCAGUAAUUAUGUGGAGACGGGCAAAUACGUGACUCAUAUCGACCUUGGUGACUUUAUUAAACUUUACGUGAAUCACCGGCCAGCGUUCGGGCUGUCACCGAUGGAGCUCCACGAUGCCUUCAAUCAUCUCGGAGAGCCUUCGGACGAGGGAUUCCAAAUCAAUCGAGAUCAGCUGCUUGCUUUGCUGCAGAACAAAGGCGAGCACAUGACCGAGGCUGAGCUUGCGGAGUACAUGUCCACGCUAAUGGGAAUAGCGGACCUUGGCGGUAGCGCAGAGACUGGGACUUUCGACGCCAGUAACGCCACUGCGCAACUCUCUGCGCAACUCCCAGAGUUUUUUACCGCUGACUCGUUUGCGGCUCAAGUGAUUGGCUUCGGCGGAGAGGAAUUGGAGGCGUCAUAGUUAUUAUAAGAAUUCUUUGUUUGUUUAUGCCACCUGUAGAUAUGUAAAUAAUUAUAUUGGCUAAUAAAAUAUUAAUAUCGAA